AUGGCGGACUACGAGCUGUACAACAGUACAGCCCCAUCCUUUUCGGGGAUCGAGCCGGCAUACUGGAAUUAUUCGGACCAUGUUAUCCUCGAUGAUCUUAAAAUGGACAGCAACUUUAUCUGGUUGCUCUGUUCACUGGUAUCCGCAAUAUCAUGGGUCAUCUAUAUUGCCUAUUACAAUAGUAGAGUUAUUGGAUAUAUUAUAACGAGACUGUUAAAUCGGUUUGUAAUAAGAGAUGGAUAUGUCAAAGUUGGAUCGCUAACACUGUGUGCUUUAAGUGGAAAAAUAAUGUUUAGAGAUAUAGUUUAUAUCACGACUGAUUAUAGUUUAAGGAUACAAGACGGGUGGUUAAUAUUUAGAUGGUGGAGAAGUUAUGUUCCUAAAGAUGUAUCUGAAGAUCUUUCGCAUUCCGAUACACGUCUUUCGGUAAUGUUAAAUGGAUUUGAGCUUCAUGUGUACAAUCGAUGUGACUUGUACGCACGUUUAGAAAAAACAUUCGGCCUAUCCUCGCAAAUGUUCCCAGACGAAGAUAUUAUCCAUACAGUUAAUAUCGAUGACCGUGAUGGCGAAUCAAUGACUAACGCGGCCAAUGAAGUACGUCAGCAAAUAAAUGCCAUGGAUAUGUCCCGACACAUGGAGAAUAUACGUAAACAAGAAGCACACGUGUUGGCACGUACGUGGCGUGAUUUAAUACCUGUGAUUAAAUUGGAUAUAUGCACCGGGAGAAUAGUAUUUGGUAAUCGUUUAGUACCAACAACACUGUCGAUAACCGUCGAGGAAGCUCAUUUUGUUUAUUCGACAAAGCCUGCGGCUUCAAGGCACGAUCAUUUUAUGCACUUUACCAAAUGCAAAGCUGAAAAUUUCAAAGUUAUUUUAGCGCCUAGUCCUAAGUACACCGGAAUGGUUGACGAUCCGCCAAGGUAUAUGGGUGAAGGUUUUGUGGUGCUCAGUUCAAAUAAUAUGGAGGUUUAUUAUUAUAUGGACGAGCCAGGUGUAGUACCAGAGCAUCCGGAAAUGAUUAGAUUAGCAAAUGGUGAUAUGGUUGAAGCAAUGCCACCAAUUUGGGGUAUUGACGUAAAGUGUGGUAAAGGUACUGAUUUUAGUUAUGGGCCUUGGGCUGAUCGGCAACGAGAACAUUUGUUUAAAUUUUUCUUUCCCAAUGAUUAUCAACCGAUGAAAAUUACAAAAUCACCGCGACCUGGUGACAAACGACAAGUCCAAUCAUUCGAUAUUCGCCUGUCUACUCUCAAUGAAGCUACUGUCGAUAUUUUAUUCAGCAAAAACCGUGAAACUAAUGCAGUUCACAUAAACGUAGGCCCGGGAUCUUAUUUGGAAGUAACGAUGCCGUGGAUUGUUCUUCAGGAUGGAUACACCACUAAAAUAACUGGACAAUUGUUACAUCUUGAAGCAACUACAAGUCUUCAGUAUCGCAGUCUCGUUGAAAGUGAAACUCUUGAAUUUGGUAUUAAGUGUCACUAUCCGAUAAGAUGGAAUGAUCAUCAAGAGUGGACGUUGAAUUUGACUGGAUGCAAAGCAACAGCUAAUUUAGUAUACUCUCAUAAAGAAUUUUUUCAAGACAUGAUUAAUGACUGGGCAAGUAAAUCACGACCUGAUAUUCUACACUUUGUCCCUUAUACGUGGAAAUUUAGCUUACUGUUAAAAGAAUUCGAAUUAAUUACUAUUUGCAAUGAGUACAAUUGGAUCGAUUGUUCAUCGCAAAAUCAAGAAAAUGCGCAUAUUGCAUUCUGCGGUGAAAUAUUUGAUCUCUCAUUUGACUUACCCUUCACGGACUUUUUACCAGUUACUAUCCCAUUGCGUUUUUGGAUCCAAGGUGAAAGUGUUGAUUUAUCAUUUUAUUUACCUGAAGUUAAUACAAAUCGUGUAGUGUUGCUAGCUUUAGAUAAAAAUGCUAAAAUAAUAACCCGCGAUGGUUCAAGUAAAAACAUUGCGGAUUUAUCACGACUGAAAAAAUGGAGAAAUGUUUGUCAAAAAAGUUUAGGAUGGAUAGAUUGUUGGUCUGUACCAAUAGUAGCUCUUAGUAUUAACUAUACGUAUCACCCGUGUCCACCUCUGGGUCCAGCACCUCAAGCAAACAUAACAACACCCGAGAAAGAAGAAAUUCUGCUGUCUCCAAUGAGGAUUCCACGAUGCAGAAAGUCUCCUGGACUUCGUUGGGCUCAGGACGGCAAUCAGAAAUUUGACCCGCAGUCAAUAGCACCUGACAAAGUCAGCUUAGAACUGGAAAUUGGUCCAUCGAUGCUUAUUCUCUACGGAGCAUUAAUAAAAAAUUUUCUUCAUCUGAAAGAAAAUAUUUUCGGGGACUAUCAGACAUUCACAGAUAUGCAGCAGAGUCGACCGUCCGUUAACAAUCCAGCCGACAGAGGCAAAGAUCGCGAUACGCAAAACAGCAGCGUAGAGGCCUCAGUAGAAGAAGAAGACGCUCGCUCGAAAACAUUCGAUCCCCGAUACUACCGUCCACUCGAAGUAACCGUGGGUAUAACGAUGCACGAUAUUCAAGCGCAUUUGAUUAAAAAUUGCAACGACAAUGAUCCACCGUGUCCUGUGAUUCUUUUAGAACGUUUUGGCUUUGAAAUGCGCAAAGGAUUCAAAGAAACAGAGCUCCAGCUUUUACUUUCACCCGCGAUAAUGCUCAUAACUGACAACGUCAGCCGAUCAAGCAAAGACAAACACUUGAGCCAAGGACAUUUGAUGCUCAGCGCGCUUCAAGUACGCGGACACGCAAUGUUCAGCAGCGAGGGCCGCAGCCUAGAUCAAGAAACCUUGGAGUACGCUUGGCUAAUUGAAGUCCAACUCGGAAAACUCGGUGGUAAAAUUUCAUCACCUCAGCUUCAUCACUUGAUAACGUCCUUAGAAACGUUUCUGCUGACAGCUAAAGACACGGAGAAUUUGAUGCGACCACCUGGACUGCCACAUCACUGUCACCACGGCCUACCACCGCUACAGUGCCCCGACAGUGAUCCAGACAAUCACUACAGAUGUCCCAGCUCUGAAGAUAUCAAGUACAGAAUGACACGAGUGGCAAUUGACGCAAUAGAUCUUUAUUUACAGGAAGCUGGUACGGCAACCCAGUUAUGGAUAUCACCGAUUCGUGUUUCAACGUGCAAUUUACACGGUCAACAAGUUAAAUCUGGUGUAACUGGAGUAAUGCCAACAAUAUUAACCCGUCAAUUUGUGUCAGCUGCGGGACACUUUGCAAAUACAAGCAAUACAAACACAACAGGAAGUGCUAGGUCACACACUAACGCAAGCAGUCGGAUGUCUGGUGAUGGGUCAGAUGUCUGGCUUGAAGUCGGCUCUGUAUCCAUGGGUCCAGUUGUUAUUGAAGCUGCUGUUUCGUUGCCGAAACCCGAGCACAAUCUUCACAUUAUCCAAAAUAAAUAUCUUAAAACUCACGACGAAGCAACCAAAAGACUCUGGUUCCUCUGGCCUCAGGAAAGCGGGAUCAAGUCUGCUAAAUGUGGUUGCAUCGGUGGGUGCACUUUUUUUGGUAGCAAUAAAAAUGGCUCGCGGUUCUUCAAGCCUAGUUAUCACGAUCUACAUGACGGAAUAAAUAUAGCGGCGUACAGAAUAAAUCCAACUGGAAAAGAAAAAGGAUUUGGUCAGUCUAUCUUGCAUGAUGACCAGUUAGUUUUUCAUACGCCGCCUUACAGCUUGCAAGACGUAUCUCUGCAGGACAUUUAUCAUCCAGCUCCGGGGACGAGACUCACAGUGUUCCAAGAAUCUACACAGUCAUCAAAGCCCAGUGUGGAAGGAUCAAGGUCUGCAAUUGACUCUACCACUGAGGAUGGAAGCACUAAACUCAGCACUGCAUCAGGUAGCCCAGCUAGUGAUAAAAAACCUCUUGGCAGGCGUUUCUCGUACACGUCAAUCCGAGGUACAAACUUAAAGGACGUUCCUUACUCACGUCUCGUCGAUGCAAGUCCAAUAACUCAACUACCUCAAAAGUUAGACUCGGACUCGAAGUUAAACAGUGAACGUAGCAAAUCAAUAUUGAGUGUACCUGAAAUAGAUAGUGCUCCGAAGAGUAGUGUGUCUGACUCAAAGCUUGCAGUGGAUUACUUCAACGCACCUGAGACAGACAUUUUACAGCAGAGUUGCAGCCCGCAGUCGCUGCCGGCUGUAUCUUCUGAGUUGUCUCAUGCGUCGAAGCCACCCACUGCAGCCAGGAGUGCUGAUGGUGUAUAUAUUUCCGACUCGCGUCAAUCAUUGUACAGAGGAACUAAGUCCAGCUCUGAGGAACGUCUCAAGCAAGAGGUACAACGAACUAUAUCAAUGUCUUCGGAAAAUCACUCAGAGGCGUUUUACUCUGCUGAUGAAGACACAAGUCACGGGUUAGCUGGCAGUCGUACGUCCAGUUUAAGGCAGUCGAUAGUAAGCGCAGGUCCUCUUUUAACGCGCAAUGGCAGUAUGAAGAAGAAAUAUUCCUCGGACUUGUCCAUUGUCGAGAGCUCAGCGAAUACUGGAGUUGUUGUUGGUGAAAAAGCGCACACACUGGAACGAGCUAAGACGCAACAGCCCCGCAGGAGUCCACGGAUAAUGAAAAAUAGUAAUUUUUCAGAACCUGAAGGCAGUCCUAGUGAAAACGGUAUUUUGAAUGAUUCCUCGGACACUCACUCAGUAUCCUCGACGAGUUUUAUAUCAGCAGUGUCGUCCCAAGAAGACAUGGCUCUCGUUAAUCUUCAUAUGCAAGUCAACAAACCGAUUGUUGACUCUCCGCUUCUUAUGUCUAGCUAUGUUAGUCAUUUGACACAAUUGAAGUGUUCCAACUGGAGUCAAUCGUCAUUUCCGUCAGCCAGCGAUGCUUUUACUACUCCCAUGUUUCGUAGGACUGAUGAUGGAAGACUGGUUUACGUUGGCGGACGAUUUAUUCCUAAAUUUGAUGUCGUUACUGAAGGAUUCACGUCGUUGAAAAUGGUUACGCGCAAUGACACCUCGCCUAUGGCCAGUUCGUCGAACAAAACACCGACCCAUCCUUAUCUCUGGGACAAUGCUACCUUGAUACAGUCCGAGGGUGAAGAUGAUAAUAACACCCGUGACGAAGAAGAAUUGUUGACGGUUCAGCAUGAAACUGGCUCAAGUACUACUGUUAUCAUUAAAUUAAAAGGAGAUGUUGACAUUAUGAUAAGUCCAAUGGUGCUAGAGUCGCUUCAACGAUUCAUCGAUGUCAUUACACCUACUCUUGCGAGUUUGCAUGCACUGACAAUACUCAAUCAUCUUCACAGCGAGUGCAUUUCACGGGUAGAGGAUGCUAAUAUUCUUAAACAAGACCAGAGUUUGUCGUACUGGAGUCAAGUACAGACGAGUUCUAAGCGAUCUACAGCCGAAAGGAAUAUAAAAAAUGGUGCGGGUGAUGAGAAAAAUAAAAUUUUACAGACUAAUGUUUAUGAAGAAAGUAUCACUACGCAGAUGCAAGGUAGUAUUAUUUUGCCUAAAAUAAAUAUUACACUUUUACAAGCUUCUGUAGUCGAAGAAAUUAUUUCGUUCUCUGCGCUGGAUAACAUCCGGGAUCUGACGUGUGUUUCGUUGUUUGCAAUUUGUUUUGACGAAGUUACAGCUCGAUUUUACAUCGGAAAGCAGGCGCGUGAAGUUGUUCAUACGUUUCAUAAGCCUCCAGUUCUUCCUAAUCAAAAGAAAGUUAAUAAAAUAAGCAAAGCUUUUUUGCCAGCGCAUCAGAGUGCUGCUGUUGUUACAGACAUCAGCGGGGGUGAAACAGUUUGGAUUGAAACUUCUGAGAAACAGCAAGAAGAAAUAAUAGUAACACUAAAUAUUGGUAAAAUGCACUCCCAGCUACGGAGAUUAAGGAAUGAAUCCUCGAUAUUAAAAGACGCUGUUAUUACUGCAAUACCAGCGCACUAUUCACGAGUAUUAUUCACUUGUACUCGAAUUACAUCACCGUUGAAGUGCAUAGACUAUUAUUUACAUCAGCCGUCAGAUGAGAAAGACAAACAGAGUAAUAAACAGCAAGGACCGCCGCAGGCCACAGAGGAAUUCACGCUCGGGAAUGGCGAAGAUAGAUUGGGUUUCAUUAUGUUUGAGUGUGGUCUCGAGGGAAUAAAAUUGAAAAUAGUAAAAAGGUCGCAGUUUGAAAAGGGUGACAAUGGUCAGGAUGAUAAAAAAACAGAAACAGAAAUAUUUUACACUGACAGUGUUAAGAGCCAUGAUGAAGAUAAUACCUCCGCUCCGACAACUACCACCGAGCCUGAAGCUAACACCGCUACGACAAAUACCACUACGCCUAAUCCCCAAAUAAACCCUAGCGCUACUUCCACGAGUCUUGUGACGAGAGUCACCAAUGGUAAUACUGUAUCGUGUGUUAUUGAGUUGAAGACAGUUUGGUUUAACUUUGCCGCACCACCCCGUACUCCCAUAACACGAAAGAUAGAUUUCACUCGACUUGAUUGGAAUUUAUUGAGCACGGCAUCACCAGCUAUCAAUGCGUGGAUGAAUCCUAGCAAUAGGUUUGCUAUACGCAUUGUUCAUAUGUUUCGUUGUAUGUACAGAAGAUCAACCGCUGUCGUUGCUUGUUUGAUGGCUGAGUCUUUGGAUGUUCAAGGAAUUAAUAUGCCAGUUAAAAGCCGGUAUGGGAGACUCACACCGCUGGCUAAAACUCUUCAAGAAGACCCUUCUUGUCAGCUUUGCAGUAUUCUUCAAAAGUAUGUUCUUAUGUCGGAUCUGAAAGCCAUUAAUGAUAAUCUUCGGGAAGAUGAUGUUCCACCUUUGUCUACGCUUCGUCAAUUAAUCACCACAAUUUUAAAAAAUUUUCAGAUCAUAGCAGUUGUCAUUGAAAAUUCAGGAUUACAUAUGCGAGUCGCUUUGCUGAUUAUCAAAUUAAUUGGCUGCAGUCAUAGAAAGUUGAGUCUUGGUCUUUUCUAUGUCACAAUGUUUAUUUCAAUGUGGAUUUCAAAUACCGCUGCCACAGCGAUGAUGAUUCCUAUUAUUGAAACAGUUCUUGUUGAAUUAGAAGCGCAAGGUCUCGGUGACAUGUUUGUGUUUGAUGAUACUCCGAUUAACCAAACAACAAAUCAUGAUGAAAGAUCAAAAAGACCAACACGCAGUACGAUGGUCUAUUAUUUAUCAGCUUCGUAUGCAUCGAGUAUCGGUGGGAUUGGCACCAUAGUCGGAAGUGGAGUCAAUUUAACCCUGAAAGGAUUAUACGAAGAGCGAUUCGACGAAGGUCCUGGAAUAAAUUUCGCCUCUUGGAUGAUUUAUGCCGUACCACCGAUGCUUAUUAUGGGAUUCCUAACGUGGCUUUGGCUUCAAAUAAUGUACAUGGGACUUUUUAGGCCAAAAAGUCAAGAUGCGCGUGACAUAAAUAUCGGCGAGGAAGGCGAAAAAGUUGCUAAGUCAGUUGUUGAUAAAAGAUACAGAGAUCUCGGACCUGUUACCUGGUACGAGUCGAUUGUCGCUUUUCAUUUUCUUGCCGUUGUGCUUCUUUGGUUCUUCAGGAAGCCUGGAUUCGUACGUGGUUGGCCUACUUACAUUACAGACCUAUCAGUGAAAGAUUCAACGGCUGUUGUCGGGAUAAUUAUUUUGCUAUUCAUCAUACCAUCAAAGUUAGACUUUCUUCGUGCAUUUGACAAAGAUCCGAGCAAGCGACCGACCAGACCGUCGCCUGCGUUGAUUGACUGGAAGACAAUUCACCAGAAAAUGCACUGGAGCUUAAUUUUUGUCCUCGGCGGUGGAUUUGCUAUUGCUAUUGGCAGUAAAAACACUGGACUCUCUAAAAUGCUCGGAGAAGAACUCGGACACUUGAGAAAUGUUAAUCCUAUCAUUACUCUAUUUAUUGUCUGUUUAUUCGCUGAAAUUGUCACUGAAUUAACAGCUAACGUUGCUGUUGCUAAUAUAAUCGUGCCAGUUUUAGCUGAAAUGUGUGUCUCAAUGAAAGUUCAUCCACUGUACUUGAUGCUCCCAGUCGCUCUCUGCUGCUCGUUUUCUUUUCACUUGCCUGUCGGCACUCCACCCAAUGCAAUCGUCAGUUCAGCUGGCCACAUCAAGACUAAAGAUUUUAUUAUUGCAGGAAUAGGCCCGACAGUAAUAACUCUGAUAGUUAUAUGCAUAUCAUGGACCACUUGGGGUGUCUACGUAUUUGACUUACAUGAAUUUCCCUCGUGGGCUCAUGAAAAGUAA